GGGGACCAGUACAUGUUGAUGUCACUCUAGUCUGUCUCCACAACGUGCACCACUGUCCCUUAGGGAGCAGAGCAGGGCAGAGCACUGAGCAGUCGAGGUGGAUGGGGUCUUCUUAAGAGUCCCCUCUUUGUCAUUUAUAGGGUAUUGAUUCACAUGAGGGGACGCCAGACGCACUCUUGAAGACAUGGAGGACGACAACAGACCACUACUGGGGGGUUCAUCAGAUUCCCUGGAGCCAAGAGUGAGAAGGCCUUUUUACGUGGAGCCGAGGAACAUUGUGGAUGACGCCACUCCGGAGCGCGUGUCCUCAGAAGCAGCCAUCCUCAGCAGCAGGAUACACUACUACGGCCGCCUCACAGGCUCCUCCGACAGACUACUGGCUCCUCCAGACCAUGUGAUCCCCCCACCUGAGGACAUCUACGUUUACAGCCCGCUUGGGACGGCAUUCAAAGUGCAGAGCAAAGAUGGCUCGCACAAAAACCCCAGCAUCGUCACCAUAUUUGCUAUAUGGAACACCAUGAUGGGCACAUCAAUACUGAGCAUUCCAUGGGGAAUCAAGCAGGCAGGAUUCACACUGGGGAUUAUCAUCAUCAUCGCAAUGGGCUUCCUCACCUUAUACUGCUGUUUAAGGGUGCUCAAGUCAACCAAAGCUAUACCAUAUGUGGAUACUUCCGACUGGGAGUUCCCUGAUGUGUGUCGGUAUUAUUUCGGGGCAUUUGGGAAGUGGUCGAGUCUGAUCUUCUCGUUGGUCUCCCUGGUUGGUGCCAUGGUGGUCUACUGGGUACUCAUGUCCAACUUCCUCUUCAACGCCGGCAAAUUCAUCUUCAACUACGUUCAUCAUUUGAACAUGACAGAUACAGAUUUUGGAACAAACGGUUCUGAAAGAGUCAUCUGUCCGUUUCCUGACACGGAUCAUGGCAGCAACCUGAGCGUGGCUGUGACUGUGACGGGCAGUGGGAACAGCACGGCGGAGGUGUUUGACCACUGGUGGAGUAAGACCAACACCAUCCCCUUCUACCUCAUCCUGCUGCUCUUCCCCCUCCUCAACUUCAAAUCGGCGUCCUUCUUUGCCAGGUUCACCUUCCUGGGCACAGCGUCUGUGAUCUAUCUUAUCGUCCUGGUAACGGUCAAAUCCUUUCGCCUGGGCUUCCACCUGGAAUUCCACUGGUUCGAGCCAUCCAAGUCUUUUGUUCCAGAGUUCAGGCUGCUCUUCCCCCAGCUGACUGGCAUUCUGACUCUCGCCUUCUUCAUCCACAACUGCAUCAUCACCCUCAUGAAGAGCAACAAGCACCAGGAGAAGAACGUGCGAGACCUGUCUGUGGCCUAUCUCCUGGUGGGCCUGACUUACCUGUAUGUGGGAGUACUCAUCUUUGCAUCGUUUCCAUCGCCAGAACUCUCCAAGGAGUGCAUUGAAGCAAACUUCCUGGAUAAUUUCCCCAGCAGUGACGUGUGGGUGUUUGUGGCGCGCACAUUCCUGCUCUUCCAGAUGACCACUGUCUACCCGUUGCUAGGAUACCUGGUCCGCGUGCAGGUCAUGAGCCAGAUCUUUGGCAGCAACUAUCCAGGAUUCUUCCACGUGUUUGUGCUCAACUGCUUCAUCGUUGGCGCUGGUGUCACCAUGGCCAAGUUCUACCCUAAUAUCGGAUCCAUUAUAAGGUACUCUGGUGCGACGUGUGGCCUGGCGCUGGUGUUUGUCUUCCCCUCCAUGAUCCACAUGAUCGGCCUGAAGCGGCGCGGGGAGCUGCGCUGGUACUCUGUCCUGGCGCACGGCCUCAUCAUCCUACUGGGCCUGGCCAACGUGGCUGGACAGUUCAUAGAGAUGUAGAACACCGCCCACCCUCAUCUCUUCCUCUGUGGAACACACAGGGGCAGGCUGGGAAAUGCAGUCCUGCUUGCUCCUCUUUCUGCCUUGACUGGCUGGAGAAGAACUAUUAGUGAUCCCUGGGGGAAAUGCAGAGCAGCCAGAAUCCUUCUGAUGCCUUUUGUUUUAUUUUAUCAACUUUAAUCAACCUUGGAGGCACAAGAGUGGGUAAAACUUUUAAAGUUUUAUUGUUUUAGCGAUACGUUUUAAUUUUAUUUUAAUUACAGAAGCUACAAGGCACAGUCAUGAAACGGUUCUCCCCCUCCAAAUGCUGACAAAUGAAAACGACUUCUAGUUUGGUUCUUGUGACGGGGACAUUUAUAUUAUACAAACACUGCAAUGCUUUGAUGGGCACUGUAGAA